UUAUUCACUCAACACAAACUCUAAGAUCAAAAAAUGGCAAAGGAAAUAGUAGUGAUGAGUGUGCUCCUUUUUGUGCUGGCCGCCACUACUAAGGCCGACACGCAAAGCGGGUAUGGGCAUGGGUGUAGCUCCUUAUGCAAUAGUUCAGCGCCGACACACAUACACUUCUACUUCCAUGACAAGAUUACCGGCCCCUCGCCAUCCGCUGUGCAGGUGGUCAGCCCACCGAACAAAACAUCACCAACCUCUUUCGGGACGGUGUAUGUCAUGGAUGACCCAUUGACCGAGGGGCCUGACCCAAGGUCCAAGCCCGUGGGUCGAGCCCAGGGCAUGUACCUCUCAUCAGACCAAGUCCGGAUAGGCUUCCUACAGGCUAUGAACAUCGUGCUCACUGCUGGGCCGUACAAUGGCAGCGUGAUAACCGUGCUCGGCAGCAACCACAUAUCCGACAGUAUCCGUGAGAUGCCGGUUGUCGGUGGCACCAGUGCUUUCCGCUUCGCUCGUGGCUAUGCCCAAGCCCGCACCUACUUUCUUGACUCAAAUGGACUUGACGCCAUCGUGGAGUACAACGUCUAUGUCUUCCAUUGAUCUUGAUGCACGCUUAAGUUUGUCUUAGUUAAUUACUGAUGGUGUCAAGAGAGAAGCUUUAUUUAAUUCUACCACAUAUCUUGUGUAAUAAGGGAGAAUUCAUGCAAGGUUGGAUUUAAUUGCUAUUCUCCAAGGUUUGAUGUGUAUAGUAGGAUAUACAUUUGGUUCCUUUUCUAUGGACUGGUACAACUUUUGUUUCAAAUUGAACCACAUAUAUGGUACAGAAGUACUACUAGACUA